UUAAGUCUCUGGCUCCGAUUGCAGUUCGCUAGAUGGAAUACACUGGGUUCCACAGACCGCCGAAAAUGAUCGCUUCUAUAUUUUAGUAGAACUCUGGGUGUUGCUCAUAUUUGAGGUUAAAUAGAAUAAAAAUAACGUUAUGCUGGUUGAGUUUUCUUAUUGAUGUUUCUUGAAGUAUACAUCUUUAUUGCAACUUACUAAUCUCAAAUUUAAGAUAUUUUAAAAAUCGGACCCUUUUCGUGAGCACCCUGUAUAAGGCUUCUGUGCGAACGAAAGGUCCAAAUAUCGCCGGCUCGCGCGUACGUAUUCGCGUCUCUUUCUAACGAUCGCGGCGGCCAACGUUGCUACGUACGUCCGAACUAACCCUCGAAUUACGUUCGUCGCAACCUACCACGAUCGAAUCGCCUUCGCCGGUGACUGACCGAGAAAACUGCCGCGAUACGUUCGCAGUCGAACGUUCGUGCGUUCGCUCGAUAGAAGGCGUGCCGCCAUACACGCAAAUCGAGACCUGUUCGCGUCAUUUUUGAAAUUUUCGCCAUGGAAUGGAGCAACGACUUGGUGCUCGAAUUCAUACGGCUUUACGAGAUGCACCCGGUGCUGUGGAAUCCCGAACAUCCGUUAAAUAAAAAUCGCACGAGUCUGAACGACGCGUGGAUCAAAAUGGCCGAAGAUUUUAGCAUCGACGUCACCGUCGAUCAGCUGCGUAAGAAGAAGGAAUCAGUGUUGGCGAUGUACCGGACGAUAACGAACAAGAUCCGUAAAUGGGAGGUGCGCAAGGAGAAGUACGUGCCGUCUUGGUUCGCCUACGAUGCCAUCCACAAGUUCAUGAGUACCAUCAAGAAGAGGAAAAAAGAACCGAAGCAGGUCUUCUCGCAGGACAUUCAGGUACAAGACCAGGUCAAGAACGAACUGUUCGACGAGUCGGAAGACGUGUACGACCUGGAGGAGACGUACGAUGAGUACGAGGUACCGCGGAUCCAACCGAUGAGCGUAAGCGUGGAGUCCGAUUACGUGGCAUCAGAACCCAAACAAAGAGACGUCGAGACCCAGGAGCACCGGACGAGAAAAAGACCGAAGCUGGAAGACGGGAGGGAGCAAUUCCAGGAGGCGCCGGACUCUUGCGAGCUGUACGCUCAACUCUUAGCCACCAAAUUGAGGGGACUACCGGAGAGAAGUCGUCUGGUGCUGCAAAAUAAAAUCGACAAUUUGGUGUUCCAAGCGGAGCUGAAGGAACUCGAUAGGAUGAACAACGCCGAAUACCACAUUGUCGACUGAAUAUGGCGGAUCGAAGCGUUUC